CAUUCUAGGUUUGGUUGUAGCCUAGCCUUCAGUGAUCCGCCGGGUAUGUUUGAAUCGAAAAUGAAAAGAACUGACUUGUGCUCUGAUUGUUUUGUUCUGAGUUGACAACAAUUGAAACGCGUCUCCUUGGCAACCGCAGCUUCUGCGAUUUUGACGGUGGUCGAUCACGUAACUUAGUUAGAGCUUAUAACUUUGUGCCAGUUUUAAACGCUCUCUUUGCUUUGGAUUGCGUCCUUCAGGCAUGGAUGUCUCGACGUAUUUAUGGUUUUUGUCGCUUUGCACGUGUCUGGCGCACGGGAAACCCACUCUCAGGAAAGAAAGAGUUCUUCACGAGCCUGAACUGAUCAGACAACCCCACGAAGAUAACCAGAGCUAUCAGUACGACCACGAGGCCUUUCUGGGCAAAGAGGAGGCCACCACAUUUGAUCAGCUCACCCCAGAGGAAAGCAAAACCAGAUUAGGGAAAAUAGCUGAUCGUAUUGACAGCGAUGUUGAUGGAUAUAUUACCACUGAUGAACUCAAGGCCUGGAUCAAGAGAGUACAGAAACGUUACGUCUAUGAGAACGUUGCAAAGGUUUGGUCUGACUAUGACCUGAACAAAGACAACAAGAUCUCAUGGGAUGAAUAUAAGCAAGCAACUUACGGUUACUACCUUGCCAAUCCAAAAGAGUUUGAAGAUGCAACAGACCAGUUCAGCUUCAAGAAGAUGCUUCCGCGAGAUGAACGCAGAUUUAAAGUUGCUGAUCUCAAUGGUGAUUUAGCUGCAGAGCGAGAGGAGUUCACUGCUUUCCUCCACCCAGAAGAGUUUGAGCACAUGCAGGAAAUUGUGGUUCUUGAAACUCUGGAGGACAUUGACAAGAAUGGAGAUGGUCAUGUAGAUGAGGACGAAUACAUUGCGGACAUGUUUGCUCACGAAGAUGGCGGCCCAGAGCCAGACUGGGUUAGAACCGAGAGAGACCAGUUUUCAGAUUUCAGAGAUCUGAAUAAAGACGGGAAGAUGGAUUUAGAAGAGAUUCGUCACUGGAUCCUGCCGCAGGAUUAUGACCACGCACAGGCAGAGGCCCGGCAUCUGGUGUACGAGUCCGACACAGACAAGGACCAGAUGCUGACCAAAGAAGAGAUUCUUGAGAACUGGAACAUGUUUGUGGGCAGCCAGGCCACCAACUAUGGUGAAGACCUUACCAGGAGCCACGAUGAGCUAUGAGCCCAAGUGAGGGUGAGGAUCUCUACCUGAGAACGCAGGUAUCCUGGACUCAACCUCCAUGGCAUCCGUUCCAUCAGAAGCCAUGCCAGUGACUGACAAACUGACUGAUGUAUUGCAGCUCUACCUCACAGACUGGACAUCGAGGAAUCACUGACUGAUGGCUGUCCCUAAUACACACUUAAAAAAAGGAUUUUCUCCUUCACUCUGUGCUUUUUGUGGGUGGUCAAGGAAAUCCUCUGUCCUGGUGGAAUGAACUGCUACAGAUUUCUUCAGCUGAAGCGGAGCCUUUUAACUCAAUUAAAAAAAAAUUUUUUUUUUUUUUUUAAAGCAAUCAUACGAUGACGCCUGUACUUAUACAAGCUGUGCCUAUUUUUGUCUGGUGUCUAUUUAUUGGAACAAGGAUUACUAUUCGUUUAGAAUUUGAAUUGAAUUUCAUUCUUUGAUAGAUAAUACAAUGCUUUUACUACAGAAAGAACUACAAGUAAGUGUUGAAAUACAGUUACUCUACAGUACAGUACUCUAAACAUGCAAUUAUGUUGUAGAUGAUCACAGAUUUCCCAUUGCUGGCCAAUAAUGAGUCCUUUAUGUUUUGACAAACUCUACAUGUUCUAAACACAGCUGCCUCUGAUGCAUUAUUUUUGUCUCUCUUUUUUCAUUUACACAUGUGAUCUGUUCUGCUCAUGUCUGAUAAAAUUCAGCCCUAUUCAGACAGUAAUUAUAACUCUGGGGUUCUGUUGUUUGAUGAACCUAGAAAUCAUAUUUUACCAUAUGGAUUAUAUUUGAUGUGUAUGAAGUGUUUUAAUGUAUUAAGAAAUUAAUACUUUUAUUCAGCAAUGAUGCAUUAAAUUGUUCCAAG